AUGGGCACGGGUCGCCCCGACGGCGGCGCCAUUUCCCUCGUGGCGCUCUUGUUGUUGUCGUCGGUCUUGCUAGUGCCGCCGUCAGGCGCCGACAGCGUUCCGAGCUUCAUCAAGUCGCCCGACGACCAGACGGGCAUCUCGGGGGGCGUGGCCUCGUUCGUGUGCCAGGCGCUGGGCGAGCCCAAGCCACGCAUCACUUGGAUGAAGAAAGGCAAGAAAGUCAGCUCGCAACGAUUCGAGGUGAUCGAGUUUGCCGACGGCUCGGGUUCGGUUUUGCGCAUCCAGCCGCUGAGGUCGUACCGGGACGAGGCCGUCUACGAGUGCACCGCCGCCAACGUCCUGGGGCAGAUCAACGCCAGCGCCAAGCUCACCGUCCUGGACGAGGAACAGAUCCCUCACGGCUUCCCGAGCAUCGACAUGGGCCCUCAGCUGAAGGUGGUGGAGAGGACGCGCACGGCCACCAUGUUGUGCGCCGCCAGCGGGAACCCGGACCCCGACAUCUUCUGGUUCAAGGACUUCCUGCCCGUCGACGUGGAGAGCGGCGACGGACGCAUCAAGCAGCUGCGCUCGGGUGGUACACCAAUCCGAGGUGCUCUCCAGAUCGAGAACAGCGAAGAAUCGGACCAAGGCAAGUACGAGUGCGUGGCCGUCAAUCCGGCGGGGACCCGGUACUCGGCGCCGGCCAACCUCUACGUGCGAGACCAGCGAGAAGUUCGCCGGGUGCCGCCGCGUUUCUCCAUCCCGCCGUCCCACCAUGAAGUGAUGCCCGGGGGUAGCGUCAACCUGACGUGCGUGGCGGUGGGCUCGCCCAUGCCGUACGUCAAGUGGAUGAGCGGAGAAGACCAGUUGACCCGCCAGGAUGAGAUGCCCAUCGGGCGCAACGUCCUGGAGCUGACGGACAUCCGCCAGUCGGGCAACUACACCUGCGUGGCCGUCUCCUCGCUAGGCGUCAUUCGGACCACCGCGCAGAUUACCGUCAAAGCCCCGCCCAAGCCCCCCACAUCCCUCAUGGUAACCGAGACCACCGCCACCAGCGUCACCCUAACCUGGGACUCGGACACAUCCGAGCCCGUGUCCUACUACGUGAUCCAGUACCGGGCCGAACUGUCAGACGAUGGCUUCCGGGAGGUGGACGGCGUGGCCACCACCCGCUACAGCGUCGGGGGUCUCAGCCCUUUUUCGCAGUACCGCUUCCGGGUGAUGGCGGUCAACAACGUGGGCCGAGGGCCGCCCGGGCCCGACGUGGACGCCCGUACCGGCGAACGUGCGCCCUCUUCGCCCCCUAUUCGCAUUCGGGCAUACAUGUUGAGUUCCACCGGCAUGCUGGUCCAGUGGGAGCCCCCCGAGGAGCCUAACGGCCAGGUGCAAGGGUACCGACUCUACUACAGCACCAGCCCUGAGGAGCCACUCGGAGCCUGGGACAAACGCGACACAGAGGAUGAACCGCGCAUCACCCUGGCCGGACUCAUCCCCGAUGUCACCUACGGACUCAGAGUGCUCGCCUUCACCUCGGUGGGUGACGGCCCCCUUUCGGAUGUCCUGCUCAUCAAGACGCGGCAAGGAGUUCCGGCUCAGCCAUCCGAUUUGGAGGCCGAAGCCGAGCUGGACUCGCGCAUCUUGCUGUCGUGGCUCUGGCCCAUCCAGGACCCGCUAGUCGGGUACGAGCUGAUCUACUGGGAGGCUAAUCUUCCCCAGGAGAAGUACAGUGUGACCUUCGAGCCAACCGGAUCCUACGCCGUGGACGGUUUGAAAGCCGACACCGUCUAUUUCUUCACUCUUGCCGCCAGGUCUGAGAUGGGCUUAGGAGUCUUCACCACACCCGUGGAGGGAAGGACAGCCCGAUCCACCACCUCGGCGCCCCCUCAGAACAUCCGCCUGCUCAGUCUGAGCUCCACCAGCAUCCAAGUGAGUUGGGCGCCGCCCCCCGACGCCACCGCGGUCACCGGUUACUCCCUCGCCUACCUCGCGUCACCUGGGGAGGACCGUGAACGCCGGGAGGUGUUGGGAAUUGGCGCCGAGGCGCGCAGCUUCUUGCUGGAGGGUCUGGAAAAGUGGACGGAAUAUUCCGUGUGGGUCCGAGCGCUCACCCAUAUCGGGCCCGGACCGGAGAGUCCGCCGGCCCGCGUCAGGACGCAGGAGGAUGUGCCAGAAGCUCCGCCCAGAAAGGUGGAGGCGGAGCCCGUCAACUCUACGGCAGUUCGGGUGAGCUGGAAGCCUCCGCUGUCAAUCAAACAGAACGGCCACGUUCGGGGCUACCAGAUCGUCUACUCCAGGAUGGAGAAGGGGGAGCCCCACGGGCAGCCCCUCAUCAUGGACGUCGCCCACCCCGAUGCGCAGGAAGCCAUUUUGACGGGCCUGCUGCCGGAGACCAGCUACUCGCUAACAGUAGCGGCGUACACCACCAAGGGGGACGGCGCCCACAGCAAGGCUCGGCUGGUCACCACCACUGGGGCAGUCCCAGGCAAGCCCACCAUGAUGAUCAGCACCACCAUCGGCAACACGGCGCUCAUCCAAUGGCAGCCGCCCAAGGAGACGGCGGGCGAGCUGACUGGCUACCGGCUUCAGUACAAACGGGCCGAAGAGGACUCUUUCACCGUCCGAGACUUCCGCAAGAGUGACGACCACUUCACCGUCACCGGCCUCCACAAGGGGGCCACCUACGUCUUCAAACUGUGCGCCAAGAACCGGGCGGGAAACGGGGAGGAGUACGCCAAGGAGAUCGGCACCCCUGAGGACGCCCCCUCGGGGUACCCCCUCAACCUGAGCGCGGCGGGCCUCGGCGCCACCUCCGCCCGGCUGGCCUGGGAGCCGCCCCCAUUGGCCGAACGCAACGGGAGGAUCGUGGAGUACGCAGUGGUGUACCGGGACAUCGACAGCCGCGAGGAGAGCGCCCGGACCACCGCCGAAACGCACUUGAGCCUGAGCGGGCUGCGGCCGGACACCACCUACGACAUCCGUGUCCGGGCCUUCACCGCCAAGGGCGGCGGACCCCUCAGCCCAAGCAUACAGAGCAGGACCACGUCUGCCACGAUACCAGUGUUGGUCAAAAACUUUGGUGCCAAAGCGGUGAUGAAAACAUCGGUGCUGCUGAGCUGGGAGCUUCCCGAAACUUCUGAAUCCGAGUUGCCUCUCAAGAUCCUCUACAACCAGGAGAGCGUGGAGGUUCGAGGUGAAGACAAGCGGAAGCUCAUCACGCAGCUCGCGCCGGAUACAGAGUACUCCGUUGUCCUGAUGAGUCACGGGGAAGACCCUGGCGGUGUCCAGCAGCGGGUUUCCGUCCGGACCGCGCCGGACAUACUCCCGGAAAAACCCUCGGAGUAUCUUCAGGAUAUGGAGGAGGGUGGGAAAGUCACACUGCGGCUGCCCCGGGUGCUGCCGGGAAGCCCGGUCAGGUGGUUCUACAUUGUGGUGGUCCCGGUUACUCCUGCAUCCCUGAGGUGGGAGAACCCUGACGACAUGGAUCUCCAAGAGGUAAACUGUCAGAGCCCUGACGUCCGACGCAGGAAGAGAAGGCAGAUGGAGAGCGACUUCCCGCCGCCGUACGUUGCGGCCAAGCUGGACUCGCUCCCCGACGUUUUCACACUGGGCGACAGCCACGAGUACCACAGCUUCCGCAAUGAGGCGUUGCCGGGGCAAGGACGGUACCGCUUUUUCGUUCUGGCCGAGCUGGCGGACCGGGAGUCGAGGACGCUCGCGAGCAGUCCGUUCUCGGAAGCCGUCUUGGUGAAAGUCCACGGCGGAGUGGCGCGCCACUCUGAGGAACCCGAGAUGCUCUGGGUGAUGGGACCCGUGCUGGCUGUCGUACUCAUCGUCAUCAUCGUCAUCGCCAUUCUUCUCUUCAAGAGCAAGCAAGAACGGAAACGCACGUCCCCGUCGUCCAAAGACGAGCACGCGGCGGGCGUGAAGGAUUCCCUCCUGGCCCACUCGUGCGACCCGGUGGAGAUGAGGAGGCUCAACUACCAGACGCAAGGCGGCGGCGCCCCGAGUUGUCCGACCACACCGAGGAUGAGAGAACAUCCUCCCAUCGCCACCUGCGACCUGGCCGACCACAUCGAGCGACUCAAGGCCAACGACGGCUUGCGCUUCUCGCAGGAGUACGAGUCCAUCGACCCUGGUCAGCAGUUCACGUGGGAGCACUCCAACAUGGAGAUCAACAAACCAAAGAACCGCUAUGCCAACGUCAUCGCCUACGACCACACCCGAGUUCUCUUGACGCCCGUGGACGGAAUCCCCGGCAGCGACUACAUUAACGCCAACUACGUGGAUGGAUACAGAAAGCAGAACGCCUACAUCGCCACGCAGGGGCCGCUGCCCGACACGCUCGGAGACUUCUGGAGGCUGGUGUGGGAGCAACGCGCCGCCACCAUUGUCAUGAUGACGCGCCUGGAGGAGAAGUCGCGGGUCAAGUGCGACCAGUACUGGCCAAGUCGCGGUACCGAAACCUAUGGCAUGAUCCAGGUGACCUUGUUGGACACGGUGGAUUUGGCCACCUACAGCGUACGCACCUUUGCGCUCUACAAGAGCGGUUCUAGCGAGAGGAGGGAAGUCCGGCAGUUCCAGUUCCUGGCCUGGCCUGAUCACGGCGUGCCCGAGCAUCCCGCCCCCACGCUAGCCUUCCUGCGCCGGGUCAAAGCCUGCAACCCGCCGGAUGCCGGACCCACGGUGGUCCACUGCAGCGCCGGCGUGGGUCGCACGGGCUGCUUCGUGGUGAUCGACGCCAUGCUGGAGCGCAUCAGGCACGAGCGUUCGGUGGACGUCUACGGACACGUGACCUGCGUGAGGUCUCAGAGGAACUAUAUGGUGCAGACGGAGGAGCAGUACGUCUUCAUCCACGAGGCCCUGUUGGAGGCCGCCGUCUGCGGGAACACCGAGGUGGCCGCCCGAAACCUCUACGCGCACGUCGACAAGCUCGGCCGAGUACCGCCCGGGGAGACCGUCACCGGCAUGGAGCUAGAGUUUAAGAAACUGGCCCACUCUAAAGCGCACAGCUCACGUUUCAUCAGCGCCAACCUGCCGUGCAACAAGUUCAAGAACCGCCUGGUCAACGUCAUGCCUUUGGAGUCCAGCCGCGUCUGCCUGCAGCCCAUCAGGGGCGUGGAGGGCUCCGACUACAUCAACGCCAGCUUCGUGGACGGAUACAGGCUGCGGAGAGCCUACAUCGCCACGCAGGGACCCUUGGCCGAGACCACCGAGGACUUCUGGAGGAUGCUGUGGGAGCACAACUCCACCAUCGUGGUCAUGCUCACUAAACUGCGCGAGAUGGGACGGGAAAAGUGCCAUCAGUACUGGCCCGCCGAGCGCUCGGCCCGCUACCAGUACUUUGUAGUGGACCCCAUGGCCGAGUACAACAUGCCGCAAUAUAUUCUAAGGGAGUUCAAAGUGACCGACGCCAGGGACGGCCAGUCCAGAACCAUCAGGCAGUUCCAGUUCAGCGACUGGCCCGAACAAGGAGUGCCCAAAAACGGGGAAGGCUUCAUCGACUUCAUCGGGCAAGUCCACAAAACCAAGGAGCAGUUCGGUCAGGAAGGACCCAUCACUGUGCACUGCAGCGCCGGCGUGGGGCGCAGCGGCGUCUUCAUCACGCUUAGCAUCGUCUUGGAGCGCAUGAGGUACGAGGGCGCUGUGGACGUCUUCCAAACCGUCAAGACCCUCAGGAUGCAGCGGCCCGCCAUGGUGCAGACUGAGGACCAGUACCAGCUGUGCUACCGGGCUGCUCUGGAAUACCUGGGAAGCUUUGACCACUAUGCAACAUAA